CCACUGUUCUGACCUCUCUGCAGUAGUUUGAUUUAUUUAACAUAAUUGUGUUUGCAACACUGCCCUCUUUUGGUUAACCUGCAGCAGUACCUCUGGCUUAAGUUUCACUUUCAGUUAGUUGAGUGUGCCUCAGAGCAGAGUGCUGGUGUUGUUUUCUCUUGCUGCAAUUUCUUCCUUUUACAUUGUUGCCUUGGAUAUUAUUUGUCCUUUUACAGUACAAUAAGAAAAGUAAAGUUUCUUCGUGGAACUCAAGAAAAGUUAUGCCUUGUGUUUUUUCUGGAGAACUUUAUACUGUUAACUAACUGUCAAGCUUUGAAGAAGCAACUCAUUGCAAGGACAGUAUAGUAAAAGGACAAGCGCACAGCGGGCAAAAUUGAACAAGGUUAUGUGCAGCAACAAUGAGUCUACGGUCAGGCAAACAGUACCAGCCAUCUUCUCAGAAUGAGAGUGUGGAAAAACAGCAAGAAGCUACUCAAAGUGCUGAUGCAUGUGCAAAGUCAGUACGGUCACGUGCUUCAAGACAGUCAAGUGGAGCUUCCACAGCUAGCUCCUCAGCUAUGAAAGCUCGGGCUAAAGCAGAGGCUGCCCGUGCUGAACUUUCCUUUGCCAAAGAAGAAGCCAGAAUUAUGAAGCAAAAAGCUGACCUUGAAGCAAAUCUUCAUAUAUUAAAAAGUCAGAAAGCUGUUGCUGCUGCGACAGCUGAAGCAGCUGCAUAUGAAGAAGAUGAUAAGUCUAUCAAGAGUGAAAUUAAUCCAGAGGUAUUAGAGUUACCUAUCAGUUCAGUUCAACGCACAUCUGAAUAUGUCAGACGACACUCAAGAGCACACUCUGAGGAAUUUCCAUUGAAAGAUGAUCCACUAGUCUACCAAAAGGUGGCACGUGCACAAUGUGAAAUGGACAUGAAUGACACAGAUACUCAUCAUUAUGAGAAAAACACAGAUGUUGAGAGUAGAAAAGCUUAUGUCAAACAACCACAACAAAAAGAGGAAGUUUACAAUAAACCUUACUACUCGGAAACUGCAAGAGAGUCAUUUCAUCCUCAGAAGAAGCCUUUAUCUGAAACUCAAGGUGUACAAGAUGUUACAAAAUACCUUAUUCGCAGGGAAAUGUUGAAUGCAGGUCUUCUGAAAUUUGACGACCGUCCAGAGAAUUACUGGGCAUGGAAGGAAUCAUUUCAAAGUGCCAUACAAGAUCUCAACCUUUCAUCGAGGGAAGAACUGGAUUUGAUGAUAAAAUGGCUUGGUGAGGAGUCUGCAGAGCAAGCAAAGAGGAUUCGCUCUGUUCAUGUGUUCAACCCAACAGCAGCACUCAGCUUAGUCUGGCAAAGACUAGAAGAAUGUUAUGGGUCAUCAGAAGCAGUCGAGCAUGCUCUGCUAAAAAAGCUUGAAUAUUUCCCUAAACUCACCAACAAAGAUAAUGUCAGGCUAAGGGAGUUAGGUGACAUUCUUCAGGAGAUAGAGUGUGCGAAAGAAGGAGGAUAUUUACCUGGAUUGUCAUAUUUGGACACGGCUCGUGGAGUGAAUCCAAUCGUGGAGAAAUUACCUUACAGCUUGCAAGAGAAAUGGGUAGCCACAGGAUCCAAAUACAAGGAUGACAAUGGAGUAACAUUUCCACCUUUUCGUUUCUUCUCCAGCUUUGUGAGACAACAGGCACGAGUGAAAAAUGACCCCAGUUUUGCUUUUACGUCCUUCAACACCCAAAGCUUGAAAACUGAGAGAUACACAAGAAGUGGUAACCGAGCUUCUGUAACUGUGCACAAAACAGAUGUUCCACAAGAUGUAAUGACUAUCCAGCGUAGCUACGGUGAGAAGAUAAUGGAAAGUCCUGAUAAGCUAUGUCCCAUUCAUAAAAAGCCCCACCCGUUAAAAAAAUGCAGGAGCUUCAGAGCUAAACAUAUUGAUGAAAGAAAAUCAUUUCUGAAAGAGAACCGUAUUUGCUUCAGAUGUUGCAGACCACAGCACAGGAAGGUGGCAGGAAGGGGAAAAGUGCAACGGGGGUUCCAGGGGCUGGUGACCAAAGAUAUAGGGGGGAGGGAACGGGAGACACAGGCUCCUGCCAACUCCGCUAUCCGUGGCGCCCUCCUCUUCUUUCCUGGAGGCAGCAACUGGGAACACAAAGACACGUUUAAUCUGGACUUGGAUCGUCCUCACCCUGCUGAUUACAGCUCUCGGGUUUCCUCUUACUCCAACAUCCACUGCGAACUACGAGAGAGAGAGAGAGAGAAAGUACAACCAGCUUCUGAUGUGUAA